AUGCGGGUGUUACUCCUCCUUCUCGUCGGUCUUUUUGCGACACUGACCUCCGCCUGCACGUUCCCUUUCAACGACAAUCGUCUCACCAACAGCUCGUUAGUCGAAGACCGCGUCGCCGAACUACAAGCAAGCGGGCAGCUAGGUGGUGACGGAGGCAAGGGUUGGAUGACCAUCAUCGGCGGCGGAGCCACGCCCAACAAGGCCGUCUGGCCUAACGAUCCCAAGAACGUUAAUCUGGUGUACAUCCACUACUGCUUCGCAACACGUAGGGACUACCAUGAGCUUCAUCAGAUCGGGGACCAGUUUGUCCACUUCGACUGCACGAAGCUCAUCGGUUACUGGGAGGCCAAGAAAAAGGUUGAGAGCGAGCCCCGGUGGAGGGGUUUCACGAUCGACGAAGUAUGUAAGUCGCAAUAUCUGGGUACCACCAGGGACCUCAACUGGGGGGUACCUCAUGAGUAUUCGUUGGACAUGGGCCAAAACGAGGACCGUCACGACUAUGUUCCAACCAAGGGUUUUCAGUACGACCACGACUCCAUAAUGCAGUACUAUUCUGCUUCGGCCGCUGGAUAUCCUAACGGCGCCGUCCAAGAUAUGCCUCUUGUGCGCUGGAAGAACGGACGUCCGAGUGACGGCUCAGGACCUGAUUCGUCGAACGCGCAGAGGAUUCCACGUCCUACUAAGAUUUCGGAUCAAGACAAGGCUGCCAUCCAGUUUCUCUACCCGUGA